UCUUUCUACGCGCGUUAUAUUGAUUUCUCCAUAAACGUUCAACUUAGUACAUCAAGUGGUUAAAUUAAGCUCAAGUCAAUACAUUUAUUUUUGAACACAUCAUCUGAUAAGCGGGAAAUGCUUGGUCUUAACCUAAUUUAACGUUUGAUGCAUCUUUGAAGACAUGGAUGUGCGUGUUCGGAAAUUAAAAAGUGCGGAGGUUUCUCCGGUAAUGAGCCGAUCUUUGCCGACGAGCCGAACAUUUCCAAGUGGGAAAACCACCACUUGUUUUCAGCAAUGUAUUACUACUAGUACGGAGAGUUUGAAUUCUGAGUCAGCACGCUCGCCGAAGCUAGGACAAUACCGGAAAAUACCGAACAUGGCCGACUGUGAUGUUUGUCGAACAGUUAUUAAAGAAGUGACUACAUUAAAAUGUGUACAUUCCACUUGCGAUAAAUGCCUGGAAAAAUAUAAAAUUGAUACAAAUGGUUGUCCGGUUUGUGAAAUAGACGAUUCGCUGAGCAACUCGAGUAGCGAACGCACCCCAGACGGAUCAUACUCCGUGGAAGAGCUGUUCAUGAAUGACAGUGACUUCGAAAAAGAAACGGAAUUUACCGACAAGGAUUUGAGUGAUUUAGAGGAGAGGGUUUUCCGAAUGAUCAAUGCUAAGCAGGCGCGACUCAAAGAAGAGCAGCUGCGAGUGACGACGGAAGCCGAAGAGGAAAUAAUUAAAAUAAAAGACCAUGUGGCUCGACUGAAAGUACAGAUUGAUGCAAAGGCCGAGGCGUUAGUUCACAGUGUCCAGGAGAGCAAACGACGACACUGUGCCGAUCUAAAACGAAGAGAGAUGGAUAUUGCAAGGUUUACAAAGACCGUUCAGGACUCACUCCUGUGCGCAAGGAACACGUUGAAAAACGCAACAGAGGUCGGAUCGGAAAAACAACGGACAGCUGAAGAAAACUUGAAGAAUCUCGCAAAUAUUGCGGAACAAUUUGUCGAUGAGAAUGUGCACAUACGAUUCAACGCGAAACCCCUAACCGACAGCGCCAUUGAGAGCGUGGUGGGGAAAGUGGGCGUCCGAGUGUUCUUGGGACAGCCGCUCUGCGCCAAACUGCAGAAAACAUUCUUGUUCCCGGCUGCAGUGCUCAGCAUCUGUCCUAUCAGUGGGACACAGGCGUGGAUUGCCUACCAGAAUUAUAUCCAGCUUUGUUCGAAAUCCGGGGGACGCUCCGAGCCGAUAGACAUAGGGGACGACGUGCACGACCUUUCCUUAGAUGAGGGGAAGAACGUUCUUAUCGCAUGCCACACAGGAGUGAAAAUUAUGACCCAAAAUUUCUUGGUACGGACCUUGUUCACAUGCGAGCAACCAGUGCAGGGAAUUGCGUGCAUGAGUGACGGCCGUAUUGUUGCGUGUGUGGGAACAAGUGUAGCUAUUUUCGAUAAAAAUGGAAAGUCGCUCAAGGAUCUGUCACAUAACUGUAUUGGAGAUAUCAAGUUGCCGUAUAAAGUGCGAAUUAACACCGAGGGAGAGAUUUGUGUCUCGGAUUACCAGUCCAGUUUUGGGGACGUCAGUAUUUUUAACAGUAAGGGUGUCGCAAUCGCGAAAAUUCGAACGGAGGGUAUGGCGCCGCGGGGAGUCACGUUCAAUCACCAGGGACUGAUUUACGUUACCGAUUUCCGAGCUGACAGAAUAAAUGUGUAUUCCACUCACGGUCAUUUCUUGCAGACGCUCUUCAACAGUUGCGCCAACGGCAUGUCCGGACCGCUGAGUGUGGCGGUAGAUCCGGCCGGCGACCUCUGGACCGGAGACUGGAAGCGGCGAGUGCGUGUGUACAGUCAGAGCGUGGAGCCAGCGUCGCAGAGCGCGUGCACGUGAUCGCGUCAUUGCGUGGAACCAUCCCUGCAGAAUUCGUGCACAUGCGUGUUAUUGCGUUUCAUCAUUGCUGCAUGACGUGUGUACGUGUAUGUUAUUGCGUGAUACCUGCACCGUAGGAAAUGUUGUUCGUGGUGUGUGAGCAAAGUUUUUGUAGUAUCUUUAAUAUGAGAAUACUUGAAGAACCGCUUGUAGCAACAGCUUGGAACGGCGUUAUCUGAACAAUCAAAUUUUAUACCAACAAUGGGAUUAAUCUAGCUCCAUCUUUGAUACUUGUAUUAAACUUGCAUGUUCAAUUUUUAUGAAAUAAAGUUCUAAAAGUUACAAAGAGCAUUCAAAGCAAUAGGUCCGGAAUGGAAUUGAUUUUAUAAACUAUAAUAAUCCUUCAAUUGUUCGUUAAAGGCCGGUCGAUUGAUUUUGAAUAACUUCUAGAACAUGAAAACCCGAUUUGUUUCUAUUUAAAUAGAAUUGUGUUAUUUGUAUUUUCGUUUCAAAUUUUAUGCUGUAAUAUCUCUACAGACAAGGUCAAACUACAGUAUAAAUUGGGUGAACGAACGCGCAUAGAUAUUCACAUAUUGAUAAAAACUAUGUUGAAAACAUCUUUUGUUAUCCGCUUGAAAAGGGCUCAUUUUUCGACUUUAACUUUAAUACAAAACCCAUGCUCGUAAAUCUGCAUUUAAAUGCUCGAUUGCGGUAACAUAUAAUCGUAAAAACCAGAUUUUGACAAACAUAUGACGUAAUUUAACUAAAGCAUUUUGAUCACAUCAGCAGGAUACGGGCUGACACGUAUAAAUAAUAAUAGAAAACUAAUCUGAAAGUUGAUAGUGAAAAAAAAUAAAAGGCUUGUCGGGUGAGAGCAGAUUCAUGAGGUCAUAAUUCGCCACGCCAUCUUUAACCCAUUUAUGCCUAGUGGGCUGUCUCAUCCUUCUAAAUUGGAUCAAUUUAUUUCCAAAAUUAGGGAUGUCUAGUAUAUUUAGUUCUAUAUUUAGAAUAUUUCUUACAGAAAUUCCUUUAAGCAAACAGCGCAGACCAUAAUGAGACGCCGCAUCAUGCGGCGUCUAAUCUUGGUCUACGCUGUUAGUCAAGGCCGUUUUGCUAGACGCUAGGCGUAAAUGGGUCAAUAGUUGAAAUGGGCCAUGCUCUUUGAACAGCGGGGUUAAUUCAUGUGCGUAAAGUGACGUCCCAGAUUAGCCUGUUUAGUCUGCACAGGCUAAUCAGGGACGACACUUUCCGCCUAAACUAGAUUUUUUGCUAAGAAGUGACUAUAUUUAUACACAAACAAAAUACAAUAAAAGCAGAAAGUGUCCUCCCUGUUUGGCCUGUGCGGACUGCACAUGCUAAUCUGGUACGACACUUUACGCACAUGCAUUAAACCCCCUUUUCGCAGAGCACGGUCCAAAUUUAUUGACACCAAAGAUGCGACGCUGUGAUUUAAAAACCAUAUAAAAAUUUAAAUAAUUUAGUAUUAAUUGUUUCAAACACAUGCUCUAGUAGUGACUAACAUGUACUGUCAUCUUCAGUUAAGAAUAACAAGGGACUAUUAUAAUUAUUGCCCGGAUUAGACCCAGACAUUUCCAGAAUUAUUGUAUCAUUUCCAGGCUUUUUCCGCCCUAUGCCACGGGUCCGAAAUUCGGCCCCAUUCCCAAUGCAAAUCUAGUUGUUUUUUUCCCAAUUGAAAAAAAAAUCCCAAUUCCAAAAUUUUUAUUUUUAUUUUUUUUAACCUUAAAAUGUAUGAGUUAACCUGAUCAAGUGUAGAAAAUAGAAAGUAUUGCAUAAUUAAAUUAUUUGUUGCCUUAAAUUUGUUUUAAAAACUGUAAAAUAUGUUAAUGAUUAUUUAAGACUUUCCUUAUUUUCCUCAAAAUCCGGCGCUUCGCGCGAUUUUUUUUCACCUCAAAUAAGGUCAGGCCUUUUCCCCAAAUUCUGAUUAAAAAACCUGCACUUAUUACACAUGUUCAUAAUAUUUUGUAAAAUUUUAAUAAUAAGUUAUCAAAAUAGUCAUUAUUUACCAGUUAGCGGCUUCUUUGAAAUAUAAGAAACACUUUUCACAUGCGAUAAUUUUUCCCAAUUGAGCCAAUUUUGCGAUUAAUUUUUUUCCCAAAAUGGGGGUUUUCACGACGCGAAAUUCCAGUGUGGCGUUUUCCCAAAAUGGAGCGGAAAAAGCCUCGUUUCUACUUAGCCAGACAUGUUAAACCCAUUGUGCGUAACCGUUCGGUGGAUCGCCUUAACAUAUAGGUUAUCAUUCCUUUUUGUAAACGUUAAAAAUUAUCGUAAAAGUAUGACGAUGUGUUUUGUGUAUUUCAUUGUGACAGUGUGUCUUUUAUACAUUUAGAAGCUGAUUGUGUUACAUGUGUAUGCAUAUACAUGUAUUAUACUUUUUCGUUUGCUGUACUUACCAUAUAAAAUGAAUUGCACGUCCAAUUUGA